AUGAUUUCGAGAGGAUUGUUCGGGUGGUCCCCGCCGCACGUGCAACCGCUCACGCCGGUUUCAGAGGUCUCGGAGCCGCCGGAGUCUCCGUCGCCGUACCUGGACCCGGGCGCCGAGACCUCUGCGUCGCAGCAGGUGGAGGCGGAGGAGGAAAUGGAGGAACUGGAGGAGAUCGAGCCUCCACCCGCUGCAGUUCCGUUUUCGCAGCUCUUCGCGUGCGCCGACCGCUUCGAUUGGUUCCUCAUGACCGUGGGUUCCAUCGCCGCUGCGGCUCAUGGCACCGCGCUAGUCGUCUACUUGCACUAUUUCGCGAAGAUUAUCCACGUGCUGCGGAUGGAUCCUCAGCACGGCACGUCGCACGAGCAGUUUCACAGGUUCACAGAGGAAGGGAUUUUAAGGAAGGUUGCUUUUCUGCUGGAUUGCUAUGGAAAGUACAUGUGGGAAGAGGGCUAUCUUGCUUUAACCAUUGUUUAUAUUGCAGUGGGAGUUUUCGUCGCUGGUUGGAUAGAGGUUUCGUGUUGGAUCUUGACUGGAGAACGGCAGACUGCUGUAAUCAGGUCGAAAUAUGUUCAAGUACUGCUUAACCAAGAUAUGAGUUUUUUUGAUACUUAUGGGAAUAAUGGAGACAUUGUCAGUCAAGUAUUGAGUGAUGUGUUGCUUAUCCAGUCUGCCCUUAGUGAAAAGGUUGGAAAUUAUAUUCAUAAUAUGGCAACAUUCUUCAGUGGUCUUGUCGUUGGCCUCAUCAAUUGUUGGCAGAUUGCUUUGAUAACGUUAGCAACAGGCCCAUUUAUUGUUGCUGCAGGAGGAAUAUCAAACAUAUUCCUCCAUAGGCUUGCGGAGAAUAUCCAAGAUGCAUAUGCUGAAGCAGCUGGCAUUGCUGAACAGGCAGUUUCCUAUAUAAGGACAUUGUAUGCAUUUACAAAUGAAACUUUGGCCAAGUAUUCAUAUGCAACAUCAUUGCAAGCUACUCUUAGAUAUGGUAUAUUAAUAAGUCUUGUUCAAGGUCUUGGUCUUGGAUUUACAUAUGGUCUAGCAAUAUGUUCUUGUGCAUUACAACUCUGGGUUGGAAGAUUCUUGGUUAUUCACGGAAAAGUGCAUGGUGGUGAAAUUAUAACAGCUCUUUUUGCUGUAAUUCUAAGUGGCCUGGGAUUGAAUCAAGCAGCGACAAAUUUCUACUCAUUUGAUCAGGGACGAAUAGCAGCUUAUAGAUUGUUUGAGAUGAUAAGUCGAUCACCGUCAUCUGUUAAUCAUGAUGGCACUGCCCCUGAUUCUGUGCAAGGAAAUAUAGAAUUCCGAAAUGUUUAUUUCAGCUAUCUGUCCCGUCCUGAAAUCCCUAUCUUGAGUGGAUUUUACCUCACUGUGCCUGCUAAGAAAGCUGUAGCACUUGUUGGCAGAAAUGGCUCUGGAAAAAGUAGUAUUAUUCCACUCAUGGAGCGUUUUUAUGAUCCUACAUUAGGAGAAGUUCUUUUAGAUGGUGAAAACAUCAAGAAUUUGAAACUAGAAUGGUUGAGGAGCCUAAUAGGACUAGUAACCCAGGAGCCUGCUUUACUCAGUUUGAGUAUAAGAGACAACAUUGCUUAUGGGAGGGAUGCCACCAUGGAUCAAAUUGAAGAGGCAGCUAAAAUAGCUCACGCACAUACGUUUAUCAGCUCAUUAGAGAAAGGUUAUGACACACAGGUUGGCAGGGCAGGUCUAUCUUUGACUGAAGAACAGAAAAUAAAACUUUCAAUUGCAAGAGCUGUGCUCCUAAAUCCAUCAAUUCUUCUGCUUGAUGAGGUUACUGGUGGACUUGAUUUUGAAGCUGAGAGGGCUGUUCAGGGAGCUCUGGAUUUGCUUAUGUUGGGUCGCUCAACGAUAAUAAUUGCUCGAAGGCUUAGUCUCAUUAGGAAUGCUGACUAUAUAGCUGUUAUGGAGGAAGGUCAGCUUGUUGAAAUGGGUACUCAUGAUGAAUUAUUAACCUUGGAUGGCUUAUAUGCAGAACUACUUCGAUGCGAAGAGGCAGCAAAACUUCCCAAGAGGAUGCCUGUUCGAAACUACAAGGAAACUAAAGGCUUCCAAAUUGAAAAGGAUUCUUCAAGUCAUAGCUUCAAAGAACCAUCAUCCCCUAAAAUGAUGAAGUCACCCUCUCUUCAAAGAGUGUCUAAUGUGUCCCGACCUCCAGAUGGUGUCUUUAACUUGCAAGAAUCACCAAAAGUCCGGAGCCCACCACCUGAGAAAAUACUGGAAAACGGUCAGCUAGUGGAUGCAGCAGAUAAGGAGCCAUCAAUAAGAAGGCAGGAUAGUUUUGAAAUGAGACUUCCGGAAUUACCAAAGAUUGAUGUUCAGUCUUUGCAUCGACAAACAUCAAAUGAAUCUGAUCCCGAAUCUCCCAUUUCACCUCUUUUAACAUCUGAUCCUAAAAGUGAACGCUCACAUUCACAAACUUUUAGUAGACCGCAAAGUCAUUCUGAUGAUGUUUCAGUUCAAAUGAAAGAAACAAAGGGUACACGUCAUAAAAAACCACCAUCACUGCAGAAGCUGGCUGAGCUUAGUUUUACCGAGUGGCUUUAUGCUGUGUUAGGAAGCAUAGGUGCUGCUAUCUUUGGCUCUUUCAACCCCCUUCUUGCUUAUGUUAUUGGUCUUGUGGUGACAGCUUACUAUAGAAUUGAUGACACUCAUCACCUAGAACGGGAAGUUGACAAGUGGUGCUUGGUUAUUAGCUGCAUGGGUAUUGUGACAGUAGUUGCCAACUUUUUACAGCAUUUCUACUUUGGUAUUAUGGGAGAGAAAAUGACAGAAAGAGUUAGGAGAAUGAUGUUCUCAGCCAUGCUUCGGAAUGAAGUGGGAUGGUUUGAUGAUGAAGAGAACAGUGCUGACAAUUUGUCCAUGCGAUUGGCCAAUGAUGCUACUUUUGUGCGAGCUGCUUUUAGCAACAGGCUUUCCAUAUUUAUACAGGACAGUGCUGCAAUUAUUGUUGGUCUUCUUAUUGGUGCUUUGCUGCACUGGCGGUUAGCACUAGUGGCUUUUGCAACCCUUCCAAUUCUCUGUGUUUCUGCCAUUGCCCAGAAAUUUUGGCUUGCUGGAUUUUCAAGAGGUAUUCAGGAAAUGCACAGAAAGGCAUCUUUGGUUCUUGAAGAUGCAGUUCGGAACAUUUACACUGUUGUUGCUUUUUGUGCUGGUAAUAAGGUAAUGGAGCUCUAUAGGCUGCAAUUGAAGAAAAUAUUUAAGCAGAGCUUUCUACAUGGGAUGGCAAUUGGUUUUGCAUUUGGCUUUUCACAGUUUCUACUCUUUGCUUGUAAUGCCCUGCUACUUUGGUACACUGCAAUAUGUAUAAAGCGAGGUUACAUGGAUCCACCUACUGCACUCAAAGAGUACAUGGUUUUCUCAUUUGCAACAUUUGCACUUGUGGAGCCUUUUGGAUUGGCUCCUUACAUACUAAAACGACGAAAAUCCCUCAUAUCAGUGUUUGAAAUUAUAGAUCGUGUUCCUAAAAUUGAUCCUGACGAUGGCUCAGCAUUGAAGCCACCCAAUGUGUAUGGAAGCAUUGAGUUAAAAAAUGUUGAUUUUUGUUACCCAUCUCGUCCUGAAGUGUUGGUAUUGAGCAAUUUUAGCCUCAAAGUCAAUGGGGGCCAAACGGUUGCUAUUGUAGGAGUUUCAGGAUCAGGAAAGAGCACUAUAAUAUCUUUGAUUGAGAGAUUUUAUGAUCCAGUUGCAGGCCAAGUUUUCCUGGAUGGUAGGGAUUUAAAGCUCUAUAACUUACGAUGGUUGAGGAGCCACCUUGGUCUUGUUCAGCAAGAACCUAUUAUCUUCUCAACAACCAUAAGGGAAAACAUUAUAUAUGCAAGGCAUAAUGCCACUGAAGCUGAAAUGAAAGAGGCUGCAAGAAUAGCAAAUGCUCAUCAUUUCAUUAGCAGUUUGCCUCAUGGUUAUGACACUCAUGUUGGAAUGAGAGGCGUUGACUUGACCCCAGGACAGAAACAGAGAAUUGCAAUUGCUAGGGUAGUACUGAAAAAUGCCCCUAUCUUAUUGCUAGAUGAAGCUAGUUCAUCAAUUGAAUCAGAGUCAAGCCGAGUGGUGCAAGAGGCUCUAGACACGCUAAUAAUGGGAAACAAGACCACUAUUUUAAUAGCACACAGGGCUGCAAUGAUGAGGCAUGUAGACAAUAUUGUAGUGCUUAAUGGAGGACGGAUAGUGGAGGAAGGCAGUCAUGAUUCAUUGGUAGCAAAGAAUGGUUUGUAUGUCCGAUUGAUGCAACCUCAUUUUGGUAAGACUUUGCGUCAGCAUCGAUUUGUGUAA